UAGAAAGAGCUAUGGAGUCAACAAAAGGAGGGUCCUAUCUUCCCGGCGGCGCAGUGCCUUCCUCCUCCUUUCGCGGCUGCUAAUCCGUGUGGAAACCACGACGGUGGGGCAAUUUCUCCACCCAAAUGGCAUGGAGGAAAAUGCUCGCCAGUGUGAGUGACAAUCUAUCAUUCUAGGAAGAAGGUUCUAUCAUCCGCUCCGGAGAAGCGAGCGAAGGUUUGACUCCUCUCGAAGUCGGGGUUUGCGCGUGGGACACUUGCUCCUGGGGAUGGUAGCGAAUUCCGGGUGAGAGAAGUACGAACAGGGGAGUUUUCUGUUUCCGACUUGGAUUCGAGGGGAUGUUGUGCGCCAUCGCGCUUCUCUUAGCUCUCGCGCUGUAUGGCACCUCGGGCCAGGGAUGCAAGCCUGGGAACUGUGGGCAGGUAGUGAUCCCACCGCCGUUCUCUUGCGAAGACUCUCCAUUCUUUCUCAGCUGUGAGGACGACAAGGUCCGCAUAAGCAAUGAAAGCUACACUAUCGUUGCAUUCCUUGCCCCCUUUGUGGUGGUCGACCGCUCGCCGCCGGCUCUUUGCGCGGCUCGUACUUGCCGGAUCGAUACUUCCUGCGGGAUUCGAGUGAUUGGAGAAUGGCGCGACGGCCUUGGCUGCUACCCAACGCCUCCAGCCCCAGGGGACGAGUCUAGAUAUCACGCCGUGAUCCAGUUCGAUCGUCCAGACUAUUCUUGCAACCCGGACCUCUUGCAGCUGCACCUGGCCACCGUCGUCAACUGCUCCCGGUCCGCUAGUCUAAGUUCUCCGAGCUUGGGCAGUGGGCGCACGAGCAAGACUCGAGCGAUUGUUGGUGGCUCCGUAGGUGGUGGCUUGGGUGUCUUGUUCUUGCUGGGAUGCGUGUGCUGCGUUGCGAGGCGGCGGCGGCUCGCAGCGAAGCAGCGAGGAUUGAUUCUGGGCGAUGAUCCAAAGCAGCCGCCGCCGCAGCUUCUCUCCAAGAGUGGCCGGAUUGUCUACAGCAACAACAGCGGGAGCUAUGGCACUAGCAACAGUUACGGUAGCAGCGUGAGCGUUACUGUGGAGAAUGGCGAUGGUGGGAGCAAUAGCAGCCGGUUUAGCUACAGGGAGCUCCAGGAGGCGACCAACAAUUUCUCCGAGGAUGGCCGGCUCGGAGAUGGAGGGUUUGGGACUGUUUACAAGGGGAAGCUCCGGGAUGGCCGGCUGGUGGCCGUCAAGAAGCUCAAUCCUUGGAAUGCCCAGGGGAAGUACCAGUUUGACAACGAGGUUACCAUCCUCUCUCGGGUAACUCAUCCCCACCUCGUCCGGCUCUACGGCUGCUGCAUCGAGCAGGAGCUCCUCCUCGUCUACGAGUUCGUGGCCCAUGGAACUCUAGCCGACCACCUCUACGACAACCCGCGCGACUACCUCGGCUGGGACGCCCGCCUCACUGUCGCGGUCCAGUGCGCCGAGGCCCUCGCCUUCCUCCACACAAACGUCUGCUACCACCGCGACGUGAAGUCCACAAACAUCCUCCUGGACGAGCGGUACCACUGCAAAGUGGGCGACUUUGGUCUCUCCCGCCUCGUCCCAUCGCUGGAGCUCACGCACAUCACCACCGCGCCACAGGGAACUCCCGGCUACUUGGAUCCGGACUACCACCAGAGCUACCAGCUCACGGACAAGAGCGACGUCUACAGCCUCGGGGUGGUGCUCAUGGAGCUCGUGUCGUCGCAGCGGGCGGUGGACAUGGCCAGGGAGAGGAAGGAGAUCAACCUGGCGGCGCUGGCGGUGUCGCGGAUCCAGUGCGGCGAGCUGGACAAGCUGGUGGAUCCGCGGCUUGGGGCGGGGGAAGAUAGCGUGCGGCAGAGGAUGGUGGAGUGCGUGGCGGAGCUCGGGUUUGAGUGCCUGGCAACGGAGAAGGAGGACAGGCCAUGCAUGAAGGAUGUGGCAGCGAGGCUUCGUGCGAUCGAGGAGGAGGGGAAGCAGCGCUACCUGGAGCAGAUGGUGGCGAUCAGGAAGGUGGAAGUGGUCGAUGAUGAUAAGAAACAUACUAGGAGCUCGCCCACGUCUGUGCAAAUGCAAUGGCCCAGCAAUAGCACGUCACCAAACGAUAGCUCCAGCAGCAUGUAAUUAGUUUUGUAACUUUUCUUUCAGAAAACUUCGUAUGUUCUUCGUCUAUUCGAUCAGGCAAUGCUCAAAAAGGAGAGAAAUACAAGAUAA